UCCUCCUCUUCCUUGGUGUCCUCUUUCUAGCCAUUCCUGAGAGAAUGUGCCAGACUCCAGUCCUCAGUGCCAUUACAUGUUUUACAAGAGGACUUGAUCUCAGAAAGGAUAGAGCAGAUGUCCUCUGCCCAGCAGGCUGUCCUAUGUAUCAGUUCCAAGUCUAUGGAAAUAUCAUAUAUGCCUCCGUUUCCAGCAUCUGUGGAGCAGCUAUUCACAGAGGCAUCAUUACCAAUUCAGGUGGGGCUGUAAGAGUGCAAAUGUUACCUGGGCGAGAGGACUACUCAGCAAUAUAUGCCAAUGGAAUCCAGUCCCAAGUGCUUUCUAGAUGGUCAUCAUCAUUCAUAGUAUCUAGUAUCACAAGUGGAGCACUUGAAGCAGCUGCACGACCCAUUUCAACAGCACGCCCAUCUGCAAGUAAAAGACCCAAGAAGACACUUGAGAAAAAGUCUGGGAACAAAGACUGUAAAGCGGAUAUUGCUUUUCUGAUUGAUGGAAGCUACAAUAUUGGGCAGCGUAGAUUUAAUUUGCAGAAGAACUUUGUUGGGAAAGUAGCGAUGAUGCUGGGAAUUGGAACUGAAGGACCACAUGUGGGAGUUGUGCAAGCCAGUGAGCAUCCCAAAACUGAAUUUUACCUGAAAAACUUCACUGCUGCAAAAGAUGUCUUAUUUGCCGUAAGAGAGAUUGGUUUCAAGGGAGGCAAUUCAAAUAUAGGAAAAGCCUUGAAACAAACAGCCCAAAAAUUCUUUUCUCCUGAAAACGGGGUACGGAAAGGCAUUCCUAAAAUCAUCGUAGUUUUCAUAGAUGGCUGGCCAUCAGAUGAUCUGGAAGAAGCUGGUAUAGUGGCCCGAGAAUUUGGCAUUAAUGUAUUCAUUGUUUCAAUUGCAAAACCUACACCUGAAGAACUUGGAAUGGUUCAAGAUGUUGGCUUUAUUGAAAAGGCUGUUUGUCGAAAUAAUGGCUUCUUUUCCUACAACAUACCAACUUGGUUUGGUACUACAAAAUAUGUGAAACCACUGGUUCAAAAACUUUGUGCUCAUGAACAAAUGCUAUGCAGCAAGACUUGCUACAACUCGGUUAACAUAGCCUUCCUGAUAGAUGGUUCUAGCAGUGUUGGAGACAGCAACUUUCGUCUUAUGGUUGAAUUCAUCAGUAAUGUUGCUAAAUCAUUUGAGAUCACAGACAUUGGAGCUAAAAUUGCAGCUAUUCAAUUUACUUAUGAUCAGCGCACUGAGUUCAGUUUUACAGACUACAGCACAAAAGAAAGAGUUCUUGCUGCUCUUCGUGGAAUCCGUUACAUGAGUGGUGGUACUGCUACUGGAGAGGCCAUUACUUAUACAACCAGAAAUGUGUUUGGACCUGUGAGAGAUGGAGCCAACAAAAAUUUCCUGGUGAUUUUGACUGAUGGCCAGUCUUAUGAUGAUGUCAGGGGGCCUGCUGCUGCUGCUCAUAAAGCAGGUAUCACCGUCUUCUCUAUUGGAAUUGCUUGGGCUCCACUGGAUGAUUUAAAAGACAUGGCAUCUGAACCUAGGGAGACACACACCUUCUUCACAAGAGAAUUUACAGGACUGGAGCAGAUUGCCCCUGAUGUUGUUCGAGCCAUUUGCAGAGACUUCAUGGACUCCAAACAGUGAAUGAAACAGGUUGCAGUAGAUGACUCUAAAUAUGUCCAGGAAAGCCAAAGAGGUGU